AUGCGGCACGUGGCUCCGCUGCUGGUGUGCCGAGUGUGCCAGGCCUGCGUGCACGCCCGCUGCUACGGCCUGCCGGACGUGCCGGCCGAGCACGGCUGGACGUGCUCACCGUGCGCUCAGGUGCAGCAGCAGGCCGGCCGCGCCGCUCCGUCCAGCUGCGCGCUCUGCUGUCUGCGCGGCGGCGCCCUGACGCUCGGUGCGGACGGUCGGGCGGUCCACCUGGUGUGUGCCGCCCUCCUGCCGGCGGUGGUGGUCACCGGGCCGGGCGAGAGGACAGCCACGGCGCCCUUCGAUAGACACAGGCGUUGCGACUACUGCGGCCAGUGGCGCGGUGUCGGCGUCCGCUGCAGCCAGCCCGAGUGUGACGCGCUGAUGCACGUCACCUGCUGUCAGGCGGCCGGCGGACGAUUCUGUCCUCAGCCGGCCGGCCUGGCGCCCCUGGUCACCUGUCGAGAGCACGCCGGACCGCAGGAGUCGGGCCUGACGGUGGGCGAGGUGGUGUGGGCGCGCCACCGCAGCGGCCUCUACCACCGCGCGCUGCUCGCCCAGCUCAGCUCGGAGAUCAUGUACACGAUCCGGUUCGAGGACGGCUCCGUCAGCCGGGACACGUCGCCACAGCACAUCGCCAACUACAACUGCACGUCGGACGGCGCGCCGCCACUGAACGCGCGCGUGCACGUACACUGGACGGACGACCGGCUGUGGCCGGGCGUAUUCUGCGGCGAGAAGACGCACGUCCAGUGCCAGGUGGUGUUCGACGACGGCUGCCGCCUCAGCCUGCCGCGCAACCGCGUCUUCGGUCUGCACGAGCAGCUGCCCAAGAGGAUCGCCAACAAACUGGCGGACAGCCUGGGGCAGCAGGCGCCGCGGCGCGCGCCGGCCGCCGGCCGCCGCCGGGCGCCCAAAGCCAACCGGCGCUACACGGACAGCCUGUUCGCCUGAGUCCGAUCUCAGCUACACACCACCGCCCAGUACAACGCCCCUUCUCGGCGCGCGCGCCUGCCUGCCCGUGCGCUCCCUAGCUGUCCGUCGGUGUGCGAGUGUGUGUGUGCGCCUCAUCGCCGCCCCGUGCCGUGCCGUGCGGCCUGUACAUAGGGGGCGGCCUGUACAUAGCGAGCAGCCCGCCGUUCACUCUCAUCGUCUCGAGUUCACCUGUAUUGCGUGUUGUUUGAUUGGUUACUGCCGGUACCCUGCUUCUGCCGGCUCGCUUCUCGCGCUAUUCUGUCGGGCUGGGCCCGCCCGGGACGCUCAUCACUGGCUGGUGCGGCGCCGUCCGUUUAAACCUCACUCCUGGACAACAUUGUGACUGGCGCCAGGCUGCGCCGGUGCUGGGGUAAAGAGACGUGUGUUAAUCCCGAGCCAGAGGACCCGCGAUAACCCUGUAGGGGGCUGUCCCCACUGUGGAGACUGUUUCACUGUCGCGCCCCACUGGUAUGUUUGGGGGAACCGGGGCGGGUCCGGCGCCCAACCCCGCUGCCGCGCUCUGUCUGAUUCGCCGCGAAAUCCAGUCUGUAUGCAAGACAGGACGUGCACCUAUUACGGAAUGAGUUAUAUCUGAGGAAUAUAGCGUGAAGUGAA